UCACCGUCAUUUUCACCUUGUAGCGUUACUAGUAGAUUUCACUCGUGUUGAGAAUUCCAAGUAGCGUUUUCACCGCGGAUUCAGAAGUGAGUAAUACAGUGAGAUGUUACAGAAUAGCAUAGCAGUUCUCAACUAGGCUAUCAUGCACACAGCUUCAUUAGCCACAUAUUUAGUUUAUAAGCACGUUCAUAUGAGUUUACCUGUGUAGGGGUGCAAAACAUGGUAGGUAGGCACUUAAACAUAAUAAACAGUAGUGGAAAUAUUGUUGUUUUUUUUUACAUUAGAAGAUACUCAAGAGUUUCAAUUUUGAAUCAGUUUAAAUUAACAAGUUAUAUUUACAGAAUGAACCUAUUUUAGGCAUAUUGUGAUCAAAAAACUUAGCCAUUGUAACGAGUAUGCCUUAUUUUUUUAUCACAUUACAAAAGUUAUGUUUUCUCUUCCAGAUGUGCUGACAGCUCUGGAUGAGCAUUCACCUUUACUCUAAAGGUCGAUUUACAUCAAACGAACAUAGAGCUAGAGCUAGAACAAGAGCAUUCUUUCGUAAUCUUUUAGUGUAAACGAAAGCUAGAGUUAUCGAUUUACAUCAAACGAACAUAGAGCUAGAGCUAGAACAAGAGCAUUCUUUCGUAAUCUUUUAGUGUAAACAAAAGCUAGAUCGAAUGUUCUUUGCUCAUUCGUGUCAAUUCUGUGGUUAGUAUUGGUAGUGCUUCGUUAUGUCUGACUCUGACAGCGAUAUCAUUAUUGCAAGUGCUGCAUUUAUUAUUUUGUCGCAAAAACUCAAAAAUAAAAGAAGGAAGAGACGUUGGUGGGUUACAAAUUUAAUGCAUCGAAGGAAACUGGAUAAUGUAGGUGAAACAAUGACGGAUAUGCAAAAACAAGAAGAAAGUGGACAAUUCCAAAACUUUUGUAGAAUGGCGUCAGAGGAUUUUGAUCAUUUACUAUCUCUGACCAGCGAAAAAAUUCGAAAAUCAAGUACGAAUUUUAGAGACUCGAUUCCUGCAUAUGACAAACUAGCAGUGACUUUGCGAUUUUUGGCAACUGGAGAUUCCUAUGAAAGCCUCAUGUAUUUUACUAAAAUGUCUAAAUCGACAAUAUGUAAUGCUAUAUCUGAAGCAUGUGCAGCAAUAAAUGAAGCAUUGCAAGACUAUGCUAAGACACCGUCAACAGAAGAAGAAUGGCUAUCAAUCGCUCAGGAAUUCAAUGAGAAGUGGAAUUUUCCAAACUGUAUUGGCGCUGUAGACGGGAAACACUGCGUCAUACAAGCACCUAUUAACAGCGGAAGCGACUUUUUUAAUUAUAAAUCCACAUUCAGUGUGGUGUUAAUGGCCAUAGUAGACGCUAACUACAAUUUUAUAUUCGCCGAUAUUGGUUGUCAGG